GGGAGGGGAAGCAGGGGGAUGCCCCUAGUGCAGUCCAGGCAGCCUGCUGUCACACUCUCCCUCUCUCUCACACACACAUUGUCACAGUAAGAAUGGUAAGUCCCACACACAGCUACGCUAUGCCCAGUCUGGAUUACUAAACAGCACAUCGGAAGGAAAAUGUUCCCAGAACCAGGAGGGGAAUACAACGCCAGCAAUUUUUUUCAUCAUUAAUUUGGUCACUGGAAAGAAUGAAGCAGAAUGCUGCUGUGUUCCCUUUCCUUUGCAUACUGGAGUUUCUGGCACUACGUCACAAAAGCAGGAGUAAGACUGAAUACAGAGAAAUAACUAAAUUUCAAGGAAAAAUCUUAGUGCGCAUAUACUGAGCUGCUGGACACACCCCCUUCAAAGAAGGUUCCCACUCCCUUCACCCGAAGGUGCAAGCAAAACAAAUAUUAAAGAAGGGGACUUAUCCUGCGCUCCACCAUGAGGUCACAGUCCAAAAGGCUCCUGGAGUUGAUUGCAAACUCACACGAAUGCCAUAAAGGAAGAAAUGUGUAUAUAGUGACGUACAGUUUUAAUCAAACAUCAAACAUAUCACAAGAUCUGUGGUUUUCAGCUGACUCUAAAGUACAUUUGAUUUAAAAGCUGAUUGUUUACCUCAGGAAAUGCACUUCAACCAGAUAAAUAAAUAUUGAUUUAAUGGCUCUCUUGAAGAUGCACUGGACACCAGAGCAUGCCCAGCCCCUUAACCAGUGGCCAGAGCAGCAUCUUGAUGUCUCUUCAACUACUUCAUCUCCAGCACACAAAUCUGACGUGUUUCAAAGUAGUCGGCACAGUUUAAACUAUGCCUGGGCAAAUGAUGACAUAUCUGCACUGACUGCUUCUAACCUUUUAAAAAGAUAUGCAGAGAAAUACUCUGGGGUGUUAGACUCAACAUAUGAGAGAGCUUCACUAAGUACGUACACCGAUGGAGCUUUUGGGCCUGUUAACGGACAGAAGGGUGACAUUGAACCUUGGCAGAUGUCACAUGGGUCUGAUAGCUCAUAUACAGUAAACUCCUUACAUGAUAGUUUGGCUGGUUCCAAAUCGGGCAAUGGACAUAUUGGGUUGGGUAGCCCAACUAUAGCAUCUGGCAACCUUCCUGAUCCACUCUACCCUGGUAGUACUUGUGGAGCACCCAAUCCAGCAAGUGGUCUUGUGGCACAUCAAGAUUAUACCUCAACUUAUAGUGGCACAUACCUUCCAUCAGGAUAUUGUAGUCAACCCACGGCAGCACUUCCACCAAGCCACCCAUCAUCUCUCCACAGCUCAGGACUUCAACCAGCACAUGCUUCACCAGCGUUGGUUCAUGGAUACAGCUCUUCAGGCACAAUAUACAACUAUAGUUCAAGCAGCUACCCAACCCAACCGGGAUAUGGAGGAAUGCAUCCAACACAUCCUUCUGGUUAUCUGCCUUCAGGUAUUGCUGCACCCACGCCCCUUCCUCCACAUACAGCAUCAUCAAGACCUACUGUGGUCCCAGCUUACACUUACCAAAGUUCUAAUUUAGCACCACUUUCAGUCACUCCUCUGAGCACAGAGUCAAGUUCCCUGAAAAGAAAAGCAUUUGACAUGGCAGCAGCAGAGGAGAGUGAGAGCAGAUAUAGAAAAUACAGCUAUGAACAACCAAAGACUACCUCAGAUUCAUCGUUUCCGAUGUCUGAUAGUGUUCCAAAUGAAUGUAGAGGCACUGGUUUCAGUCGCAAUGGUGAAACCCCUCAGGUCCCAUUUAAAACUGGAAAAAGAACAACAGAAGAAGAACAAGUAGGAAAGUAUAGCAACCAGUCAAUGAAAGCAAUGAUCUCACCAACUUACAGUGAAGAAGGGUCCCUGAGACCAGGUGAAGCAUUUGGUAAGUUCACACCACCUCUAAUUAAUGGUGAAAGGAGAAGUGAACAAGGUCAUGCCUUUACACAAAGAAUGCACAUUUCAGGGCUGAAACCACCAGUCUUCUGUAGCCCAUCUGAAGAUCAAUUAAAAAAUAUGGAUCCCCUUGUUCUGGAACUUGUCAAUAAUGAAAUUGUGGACUGUGGCCCUCCAGUGCAGUGGACUGACAUAGCUGGCCAGGUAUCAGUUAAGGCUGUAAUUGAAGAAGAAUUAGUUUGGCCAAUUUUAAGACCUGGUGCAUAUACUGGCGCAAACAGACCUCCAAAAAGUAUUUUAUUAUUUGGCCCCUCAGGUGCAGGAAAAACUCUUUUGAGCAGGUGCAUUGCAACCCAGCUAGGUUCCACCUUCCUUAAAGUUAGCAGUGCUGUACUUGUCUCCAAAUGGAAGAACAAGAGUGAAAAGAUUUUGCAGACUGUAUUCUUCAUGGCAAGCUGUCAUCAGCCUGCUGUGAUUUUCAUUAGUGAAAUUGAUCUGCUACUUUCUGCUCAUAUCAGUGAGGAAAAUGCUCACCUGAGUAAUAUAAAGUCCCAACUUCUUUCUUUCUUAGAUAACAUAGCUACCUCAUCUGAUGACAACAUCAUCUUUAUUGGGACCUCACAGAGGCCGGAUGACCUCAAUGAAGCUGCUCACCAUAGGUUUGCCAAGCGAUUUUACAUAGCUCCUCCUGAUAAUCUUGCAAGAAGGCAAAUCCUACAUCACACUUUGGCUCAACAAAACUACUGCCUUAGUGAAAGGGAAAUGGCCUUACUGGUCCAGCACACAGAGGGCUACUCUGGAAAUGAGCUGAUUCAACUUUGCCAGCAAGCUGGAGCUAAUCAUCUCCAUGGUAUUUCAGGUCAACUGCAACCAACGUCCUACAAAGACUUUGAGGGGGUGUUCUGUAAACUGCGAGCUGGUACCUCUCAAAAGCAAUUAGACUUAUUUGUGGAAUGGAAUAAAAUGUAUGGCUCAAGACACUAACUGUGGAAUGAAACUGAUUGAACACUUUGACACUACACUGGCAUUGUUGCAUUAAGGGUUUUUUCUUCUUUGUUUUUGUUUGUGAGUGUGUGUGUUGAGUCCUCAACAUGAGUGGAGACUUUUAAAAAGAAGAGAUUUUCUUUGCUUUAAACCUAAAUGUGACAAUAUGAUGUCAAGCAACAGGCAUCUUUUUUUACAGUACAUAUAUGUGUGUGUGUGUGUAUGUGUAUAUAUAUAUAUAUAUAUAUAUAUAUAUAUAUACAUAUACAUAUUUGUAUAGCUAUAUCCACUCCAUUGAAUGUUUCUCAGAAAAAAAGGUUUUGUUUUUAGUUUUUUUCACAUUUGGAAACCUGUAAGAAAAAAGUAGCUCUUCACUGUACUCAGGAUAUCUUCUAUUUAUUGCCAGGUAAUGGCGGUGCAACUGUAGGUUGGUGAACAGGAACUGAGAUGUUCUGUGAAGGCCACAUGAUAUCAUGGACUUGAUUCCACGGUUGACCUCAGCCUCUUUGCUCAUGUGUAUUUUUUUGUAUUAUCCACAUAAAAUAAUAGCCCCUUCAUGGCACUUUGGGGAGCCCUAUUCACACUUGAUAUAGAUUAGGUGACCAGGAACAGCGAUAGGUUGCAUCAUACAAGGCUCAAGAACCAACAACUAAGAAGGGAUGGAAAAAAAGUACACUGCUAGUUAAGUUGAGGAACCAUUUGUGUUUUUUUUUUAUUAUACUUGUUUUUAUGUUUUUCAUGUUUAUUUCUAAAUACUCAGGAAAAGUUUACUUUCAAAAGAAUGUUUAUAGGACUCAAAUGUUUUCAAGGAGAUCAAUUGAAUUAGAGACCAUAAAAGUACUUGAAGUUGUUACCAGGAUUGAAUGUAUUCCCAAUUCUUUCACUCCAGUUAUCAUGAACAAAAUGUCCCACAAAGGUUAUUAUCCACUUCUGUUCUGUUUGAUUGUUAAUUUCUAUUAUAUUAUUACUGUAGUGUUGAUGGAGUAAUGUAAUUUCAAAAUGUGUCAACAGCACGGUAGGUUGGAACACAUUAGCAGUACCACUUUUUGGAUAAUAUUUACUGCAUUUCAAAGUAUGUCACACAUUUCAUACAACUUUACUGUGUUAUGAAUGUUUACAGCUGUGAUAUACAGGUCUUUGCUUAUUGGACACAGAGUAAUACCUCCAUGUUACCUACACAUACUCUUAAGUUCAUAUGCCUUUCAUUUAAUGUAUGUCCAUCUACCCAACAGUAUUAUCUUGUAAGCUUCAGAAAAAGUGUAGUUACAUUGUUUAGGCGUACUGUUAUAAAAAUGUACUGGUCACCGUCAUACAUUGGAGACUGCAAUAUUCAGCCUACUGACUAGAAAUUAAUGGCAUACCUGAGACAUGAGGCACAAUGUAAGCUCACUAGUUCCUAGUGAACUUGUAGUGAGAUAUUCAAUUGAUAUAUUGCAUGCGAUCUCCAGUCUAAAGUGAUCUUUUUUAUUGUGCCCAUAGAGGUUGGAAUUUGCCCCAUAAAAUGGAUAAACCCGACUAAGCUAGCGGGUGCGACGCCAAACGGAUCACUUUUUUGCUAAUUUCAGCUCACCACUCCCAGGGAUAGCGAGCCAAAAUGAUAUUAGCGCGUCCGUCUGCAGAAAUUGAAUACCGCACCAUAGUCUACCUUAUCAUGACUAUUGGUUUAUCGCACAAAUUAGCAACGUCCAUCUUGUGCAGGCAACUAGUACAAUUAAUGAUCUAGCUCAUUCUUAUUAUGCACAAACAUAAAGGUGCAAAUUUUUUAUUUAUUUAUCACUUGUUGCAUUUUAUUAGUUUACUAGAGACAUGUUUAAAAGCAACAUUUUGUUAAAUGACCAAAGAACUCUUAGUGUAUAAGUAAUGAAGAAUGUAAUAUACCAAAGUGUUUAGUCCUUUAGGGAUAGGUUGCCAUUCACUCUUACACUGAAAGCCAAAUCACAGUAGUGUGCAUCCAUAUUUACUAUACAGUAUAUGGUGUUCAUUCUUGCCUCCAAACUGUUUACUGAUCACUGGUGGUCUUGUUUGUCUUUUUUGUGUAUGCCUCAUUUUCAUGUGAAAAUGUCUACUCUUUAAACCAAAGUUUGUUAGUGAAUACUAUUUUGAAAUAUUGUAAUAGAAAGUUCUAUUAGUUUUAUAGUGCAUAUUCAUUUGCCUCCCAGCUUACUCUGUAACACAAUCUGGAGACAAAAUUAUUAAAUGAUACUUUGUUUUAAUUUUGAUUUACACCAAAGAUGCUCAUAAUUUCAUUUUGUACAGUACAACUUUUGAAUAGGUUUUAAUGUAAUGUGUGUAUAUUAUUAGCAGUAAAGAAUGCCAAACUAAUUACCUAAUUGUUUAUUGGCAGUACUGGAAAAUUCAUACAGUACCAUCUAAUUGUAGUCAUAUGACGUUCCUGUUUAUUAUGACUGGAUAUUAACUUGUGGUGGUGUCAUUAUAGUGUCAACAUGAAAGUGUCUCUAUGUUAAUGAAAAAGUGAAUAUCAUACUAGAGAACAAAGCAAUGCAUGGCUUAUUUAUUAACAUGAUACAUGUUGACGAAUCAAUGUUGGCCCAAAAUAAUUGCAUGUGUAGGACCAAAACCACCUUCAAUCCCCAUAUGAUGAUAUGAUGAGAACUGUGGGAAAAUACUUACUGUAAUUGCAAUCUGUAUAGGCACUCAAUGCUCCUUUAGAGCCUGCUACUUGGCCUAGGUGCUGAACAUCCAGAUCUGUGCAAUGUUUUUGCACGUGUUUGGCCAGUCUGGACUUAAAUUUAGACCUUUGAACCAAGUGGCCAGAUUUGGCCUUUUAGCCGAUUGUUUUAGCCUAAGACACAGCUCUGUUAUUUCCAAUAUUUUGUUAAAUACGAAUGUAUUUUUCACAAAGAAAACAAUUUAUCACUUCAACCUGUAAGAAUAUACAGCAUAACCGGAAGCCAGGUUUAGCAAAAACAUAGUGUUGGUAAAUGCAAAGUUUGCAGUCUAUCCAUGUAUGACCCACAAAAACCUCUCCAAAACCUUCUGUGGCAUAGCGGCUUUGAUUGUAUGUUUGUGAAUGUAAUAAGAUUCUACCCUGAAAUAAUCUGGUCAUCUUGUAUUGUAAAUCUACUUCUUUUUUUCAAGCUGUUCUUGCAGCCAGGGACACAUUAGUAAAAGCUACACAAUCCUAAUUUAGUGGUUAACCACAAAUAAACCAAAACAGCUAUAAAUCCAUUACAGACCUCUCAUGUGUUAAUUUAUGCCUCCUUGCACUUUCACAUGACCUAAUUACAGCAUGGAAAAAAAAGUUUUAGGAAUCGGGCUUAUGACUGCUUUGUGCUAAUGAAUUGUACCCAUCACCAUCAUCAGUGCUAAUCUUACAUUGCCAGACAUUUAUGUAUUUUCACUAUGGUGCCACAACUUGCCUAGCCCCUAAUCCACAAGGAACCAAUCCCUUGUAUGUUGGCCCAUAGUCUCUUCAUCCCAUCCUAACUACCUCAACUAAAGGAAUGUUCCUGAGGACUCCACAACUGUUACUAAUGUCUCAUUGAUCUCCAGUAAAGACACUGGUCUUUCUCACAUGUUAGAGCCAGCUGUUGUAGUUAAUCAUUAAGAAGCUGAGGACAUUAGUGGUAUCUUUUGGAGAGCCCCUGAUUCAGAAGACAGAUGAAAUAUACCCAGUGCAUUUAUCCUGGCUUGUAAAAUCCUUUUACAAAUGCAUUUGCAGUUCAAAGAGUUCUAUGGCAAAAUGAGAUUACAGGGGACACAUUCUUUGUUUAAGAAAACCAAUGGAAGCAAUAAGAUCAAAUAUUUUGUUAAUUGUACACUUAAAGGUCUGGGUUAUUCAGUUUUUAUUCGGAAUCUCACUAAGGAUUUUCUUAAAUCCUAAUUAUUUAUUCAAUUUUCAAUUAUUUGGCUAUCUACUAUAAUCAACAGAGACGAGACACCGUGGAUAAUUAACCAUUUCUUGGACCUAAGAGUAAUAUUAAACUGAAAUUAAUGUAUUAACAAAUGAUCUAUAGUUAUUUUACAGCGAUAGAAAUAACGGGAGUAAGAUUAUAUUUCAUUACAGAUAAUUACAUUAAUAUGCGAUAAAAUGGGAGCCCUGUUGCAUAAGACAUAUGCCUAGUACACUAUACAUACAGUACUAGCUAUUGAAAUAAAAUGCCAUUGACCAUGUUCCUAUUGUCCAAUAUAGAUUCUAUGUCAUUGUAUUGUAAACUAUUUGUUCCAGGUAGAGGUUGCCAAGCCAAAGAAAUGCAAUGAACACAAGGGGGGAAAUGUAAUAGGGUGUGAAAAUCAGAAAG